AUGCGAGCGGUACUGCCGGGGAGACCCCCAGCGAAGCUCCAGUCGUUUAGCACGGCGUUGUGGGAUGGUCUUCGUGUUGUUGCAUACAUCUCCGGCCACGCGCUGGUUAUCCUCGGCGGUCCGCAAACGCUCCUCCAAACAAUAUAUGUCGACGAUACAGAUACCCUCGAGGCCAUAGCGUUUGACGAAGCAUCUGGCAAGAUUGCUGUUUGUGGGGGUCCUGAUGUAUUUGUGUACCAGCCAUAUGGGAUCCAGGGCGAAACCCUCAAGUGGUCGCUGCUUUACACAUUCCGCGCUCCCGACGACGACGAAUCGAUCUAUACACUAUCGUGGGGUUCCUCGAACGAGCUCCUGGUGGGCAACUCCCGUCUUGCCCUUUGGUUUAUGAAUGAUGAACCGCGCCUUGUCUGGAAAAGAAAGCUUGCGACACCAGUGAAAUUCGCGCAAUUUUCUCCGGAUUCGUCCUUGAUUGUUACAGUGGGACAAUAUGACCGCUUGGUCAAAGUAUGGAGACGACUUGCCUUCGGCGCAGACGAGGUCCGGUUCGAAAACUCGUAUUUGCCUCAUCCGAAUGUUGUCACGGGGAUACACUGGCGGCUACCUCGGCACCCCGAGCAAUCUAUGGAUAAUGUCCUGUAUACAUUUUGCGCUGAUAACAAGAUUCGAGUGUGGGCAGUGACGGACGUUCAUGCGCUCUCUGCCUUGCAGUUUUGGGCAGAGAUUGACAUGGGUGAAUCGGUUCAACCCAGGCAUGCGUCGGAUGAAGACCAAGGACCGCAACGGCGGUAUGGGUUUAUUUUGGAUGGCCGUGACUUCUGUGCUGCGACCGAGCGUGCUGUUCAGAGGACCACAGGAAACAAGGAGAACCAUGCGCUAGAACAUGUCAUCGAGGUUGCGAGCAAGGCUCCAGAGAUCUGUGUUGUGAUUGAUGGCCAGGGCCACAUGUCUGCUUGGGCCUUGGAAGAUAUCGGUUCUAAGGCAAAGACUAACCUGAGCGUCUUCAAUGUCCUCCAUGUUGAAGGCUUGGACUUGGGAUUUUCAUAUGAUCAGUCACCGCAAGAAGAUUAUGCUCAAAUUCGUGCAUUCCAAAAUACAACAUCGGACGACAAGCUCAGUGUUUUAGUUCAUCAUUUCGACGGUCGGAUCGAGUGGUAUGAUUCUCAAGUGGAUGUUUUGUUUGACCCUGCACCACGCACGAAAAGAAUCACCCAAACGGCUUCUUGGUCUGGCCAUACUGCCCCUGUGAAAAAGAUUGUCCGGAAUGCGAUUGGAGAUACACUGGUGUCACGUACGAAUGAAAAUAAAGCCACUGUAUGGACACAGCAGCGUCGGGAUGGAAGAUCGAUCUUAGCACACAAGAGUAUCCUCCUCUCAGAUGAGCAUAUUCAUCGGACAUGUGUGCUGGAGAACAGUAAUCUUCUCGUCAAUCUCCAUCACAAUGGUGUUUCCCUAUGGGAUUUCAGCUCAAAUCAUGCCAAGAAACUGGCCGCUUUGGAAUUCACUCUGCCCGGCAAGCCACUAUGUGUGCUGCCAAUCCCCAGCACCCAAGCGACUCUAGGUGUUUUCUAUGUAGCAACGAUAUGGGCAGACAUGCACGGAAUUGCGUGGGAGAUACGGGGCCCGAGUCAGAAAGGUCAUAAAGGGACCUUUGUAAAUGACCAUGACUAUCAAUUACGAGAAUUUUGCACGUUUGACAUGGGUUUGAAGGAGGAUAUUGCAUAUAUCCACCCCGUGGAUCCAGCAGGUCCUAAAUCAGAAGCAUCGGGAUUCUUCGAUUCUUUUUCUGCCGACAUUGCUCUCUCUUACACUCACAGCGGAGUUGUGCGGACAUGGACAGCCACGGUUGAUCCAACGAAUAUGAAGGUCGAUUGGCUACUUCAAUCAACUGUCGAUACGGGCAUAAUCAACCCAUCUAUGGCUAGUGGGAGCUCUAUUCGCAAGGCAGCUCUGGUUGACGAGCGCCGGGCUCACCUCACAAUCUGGGACACCAACAAUGCUCAGCUGGAGUUCGAAGAACAUUUUGCUUCACAUGACAUUAUUCGGGAUUUGGAUUGGACAUCGACUCCAGACAAGCAGUCCAUCUUGGCCGUGGGAUUCCCACACAAGGUUGUUCUCCUGUCUCAGCUCCGCUAUGAUUAUCUAGACUCCCGACCCUCAUGGACACAAGUUCGGGAGAUCUGGAUCCGAGAUCUCACACCUCACCCUAUAGGAGACUCUUGCUGGCUGAAUAACGGCCAUUUGGUCAUUGGAGCUGGCAAUCAACUGUUCGUUUAUGACAAGGAAAUUGAUGUUGGAGACCGCCUAGUGUCUGAGCUUCGGAUGCCGUCUCGAGGAUUGGCGUCUGUCGAUCUCUUCGACGUUGUCAGCCGGCUGAAUGGCCCAUUGCCUGUAUUUCAUCCACAGUACUUGGCACAGUGUAUUCUGGCUGGGACGACUAGAUUGGUCCAUUUGAUUCUCUUGAACCUACAUCGCAAGCUGAAAUUCUACACCGAGGGCGAUGAACUGGAUGGAUUCUUGGAGAUGCCCGUAGAAUACCUCUACGAACAAAAUGUAAGUGCGCAUCGUAUAAUUUCUCUUCCCAAUACUAACACAAGCCAGGAUUCCCAACAAGGGUUCUCGAAAGAAAUGCGCUCUUCCUACGUUGAUUCCACCGACGAGGAAUUUUCAUCUGUCGUAGAUGAAAAUGCUGCAGCCGCGCUCAAUGAGAGUCUAGCGCGGAUCGCCUUGCCGCAAUUGUCUAGUCAUGAGCAAUUCCGCUUGGCAGAUACCAUUGAAUGCGUGGCUAUGGUUGAGAAACACCGGCGCUCAAUGGACGAUAAUGCAGCACGCUAUCUCUUAUUCUUCCGACAGCAUAUGCUACGCCGGACCCAAGGAGUCGCCAACAAAGAUACUGUCUCUUGGCGAGAGAUUGUUUGGGCUUACCAUAGCAGUAGCCAAGAUAUCCUCACAGAUCUUGUCUCUCGGCAAUUCAAUGCGAAAUUGACUUGGAAGGCCGCCCGUGAAAGCGGUAUCUUCAUGUGGCUGUCAGACUCCGUAGCUGUGAAAGCGCAACUCGAAAUCAUCGCUCGAUGUGAAUACACCAAAACGGAAGAGAAAAACCCCAUCGACUGCACACUGUAUUAUCUCGCUCUAGGAAAGAAGAACGUCCUUCAGGGUCUCUGGCGUAUUGCACAUUGGAACCGCGAACAAGCAGCAACCCAACGUUUGUUGGCGAACGAUUUCAAGGAACCGCGAUGGAGGACAUCUGCGCUCAAGAAUGCGUAUGCCUUGCUUGGAAAACGACGAUUUGAGUAUGCUGCAUCGUUCUUCCUUCUCGCUGAUCAUCUGCGUGACGCUGCAAACGUCAUCAUGAACCAGAUUGGUGAUAUCCAACUCGCGAUCGCCAUCACUCGAGCCUCAGAAGGGGACAACGGACCAGUUCUUCGGGAGAUUCUAGAAGAAAGAGUAUUGCCCGAGGCCGCUUCCGAGGGCAACCGCUGGAUGGCCUCUUGGGCUUUCUGGAUGCUUGGACGACGGGAUAUGGCAGUGCGGGCACUGAUUUCGCCGGUCGAGACCCUACUAUCACCAGCAACCCCAGUCACUCCGGGAAGCCCGGGACGAGUAAGCCUUCAAUCCAAGUCAUAUCUCUCCAAUGACCCUGCCUUGGUAGUAUUAUACCACCAACUCCGCGCAAAGACACUUCAAACCCUCAAAGGCGCCUCCAAAGUACGACCUAGAGAAGAAUGGGAAUUCGUUAUUCGCAAUGCCCGACUCUACGACCGUAUGGGCUGCGAUUUCCUCGCUCUCGAUCUGGUACGCCAUUGGGAGUUCCUCGGCGGACUGCCUACCCAGGACGCAUUGACGCCUCAUACCUCACUCGAGAUGGAUGAGAACGGAGUCGAUUACCGGAAACUGCUUCGUCGGCGGAGCAGCCUUGUAGUUGCUGAUAUUCCGGUGCACCGAGCAGAUGUCGUCGCUGAAUCUACGCCUGGGGAAAAGCCGAAGAAAGAAGAACAGAAGCCGAACCCUAAGCCACCUACGAUGUUUCAUGAGCCGGAUGCCAAUUCGUUGCUGGACAGCUUUGGGUUCUAG